GGCGGCAGAUCAGCCACAGAACCCAAAGGAACUCACAAGGCAUUGGACAUACCAAGGCAUCUAACCAGAAACUAAAUAAUUUUCUAAACCAAUUCAAAAACACUCAAAGUACCUGAUCAACAUGCAGCUUACCAUCUUCUUCGUAAUGAUCUCUUUGAUCUUCGGUCUGAGCCUGAUCCAAGCUGCCCCCAUCAGCGAUGGCAAAGCUGCCCAGGAUCCAGGAUUCGUUUCGGCCACUGAUCUCACCGGCGAGCCAGUUCGUCAAAAGCGUGCCAGUUCGGAUUACUACCAAGGCGACUACUUCAUCUGCUACCCAAAGAGUGCAGUCUACGGCAAGACCGGUGGAUACGGCGGUGGCUACAACCGCAGGUCCUACAAUUCGGAUCUGUAUGGACCCCAUUACCUGGCCGACGACUCCUUCGAAGCCCGCAAGGAUCGAGCUGAUGCCAGACGUGCUGCCUACACCGACAGCUUCGGCAAAUAAAUGGACACUGUACACUGUAAAAAAUGUUAGGAAAAUCACAGGUCUAGUUAUAGAAGUUGAACUAAGAAAUAUUUAUUUAUGAAACCAAAUAAUAUAUUAUUAAAGAAAUUAUAUUAAAAAAAUCGUAUAUUAAAAAAA